GCGAUAGAGAGUGAAUGGCUGUAGAGGGUAGGGGGGGGGGUGGAGGACAGGGAUGACUAUGAGUUUCAGACUCUGACUCCAGUGGCUGCUGUUGUUUUAACAUCUUAUGUGAUGCAGCAUCAUGACUAAGCAUGCAGAACAACCGGUGAAGAAGCACUUCGAGGCUGUGAAAGCAUAUGGGGCAGCUGAUAAGGGAAACAAGGUGUGGAGAUGCAAGUACUGCAACCAUAAUAGAACCGGGAUUGCCUCCCGCCUAAGGGAUCAUUUCCUGAAAGGUGCCUGCAAUGUCCCACGUCUGAGAGGGACAAUCAGCAAGGAAGAAUUGCUACGGAGGGAGCAGGGAAGAGAUGCCGCCAUUUCAGAGCUUGGAGGUGUACUUACUGGAGCUGGUGCUGAGGUCGAUCUGUCUUCGAGCGAGGAUGAAAUCGACACAGAGGAUGCAGUCACCACUGGUGCUCUCACGAAGUCCUCCACAACACACGUCAGGCAAACGAAGAUUGUCGACAACGCAAUUAUCAUCACUGCGAACGAGCAAACCCAGCGUACAGUCGGCGAUUGGAUGACAGUUGAGUGUGUGCCCUUCAACAUGAUGCGGAGCAUGUAUUGGGAUCACAUGGUGAAGGCGCUGAUGAACGCGCCGAAGUCCUUCCAGUACGCCAAAUUCGACGAGGUGCGAACGAAAAGGGUGGCUGUCCGAAAGGAUGGGGCAGCGGCGCAAGGAAUGGCCCGGCAGCGGUUGCAUGUUGCAACUCAAUGGCGCCGAGAGAAGGGGGCAAAGACAUACUUCGACAUUUUGUCCACGGCUAUCCGCAAGAUCGGGGAGGAGGCAGUGGUGGGGGUGGUGAUGGACAAUGCAGCGACCUGUGCAGCUGCAGGGCGGAUGGUUGAGGCGGAGUUCAAACACAUCUUUUCAGUGUCGUGCACGGCGCACAGCAUCGACCUGAUGCUCGAGCAGUUUGGGAAGAUCGGGUGGGUGGACGUCGUUCUGAAGAAGUCGGCGGAGGUAGUGAAGUUUUUUAUGAACCACUCGAGGGUGCGGGACUUGCUCCUCGUGAAUUCCCAGGGAGCAAUUCUCACAAGGCCAGGAGCGACUCGGUUCGCCACCAAUUUCAUCAUGCUGGACAGCGUGCAGGACUUGUACCUGCCGCUGCAAACUUGUUUGACGGACAAGGAUUGGAAGGAUAGCAUCGUGCUUCCCGAGCAGCGGCAUUUGUUUGUUGUCGCGACAGAGACAAUCCUCGACAAUGAUUUUUGGGCAGGAGUCGAGAAGGUGCAGAAGACGUCCGAGAAACUGCUUCAACUCUUGAAGUUGAGUGACGUAGUUGGACCGACGAUGAGCAAGAUCUACGGCGGGAUGGACGCGGCUGUGGAGAGCUUACGCAACGAGGAGUGCUUCACAGAAAUGGAAAAGGAAGAGCUCCAGGAGAUCUUAAUGCGGAGGUGGAACACUAUGACUUCUCCUCUGCAUUGUGCAGCAAUGUUCCUUGAUCCUGAGUUCAGGAACUCGAACUUGGAAAAGGACCUUGAGGUGAUGGAUGGUCUUUGGACGUGGGUGUACUCUUGGGCGAAACCAACGGAGUACAAGGAGUUGGACGACGAGGUGAAUUGCUGGAUUGAGGGGACAGGCAAGUUCAGAAGCGAGAGGGAGUGGAGAGCCAAGCUGCGUGGCGACAGGGAGGAGGCGGAGGAUUGUGAGGAUGAAGAUGACGACGACGAUGAUGGCGCCCGUGAUCACGUGGCCAAGGCAAGCACCAUUGCACGCCAGCGGGCCACCAACAGCUUGCUUGAGCUCGAAAGGGAGUUGAACAAGGAGCUACCUUCAUGGAGGAAGGCCAUACGGCCUUCCAAGUACCUCGCCCGCUUGCAUUUGCAGGAAUCUCAGCAUGCAGGCAAGACUAUGACAUUCGAGCACGCUGAGAAGUAUAUUAAUGCAAGAGCUCAAGCGUGCGCACCCAAUGUGAAGGCGCCUGCAAAGAGGCCUCCGGGGCGACCACGUGAGGUGGCACAUGUGCAGGGCACAGAGGCAGACGAGGAGUAGGCGCCCGGAGAUGCGGAGGCAUCCGAGCGGGGGAGCAAAUAGGAUGCUGGUCUCGA